GGGCUGGAAACCAGGGGAAGAAGCAACAAGCGAGCUGAAGACGGAAGGGAGGAAGCUGGGUCAGGUCAGGAUCUCUGUUCAGUUUUCCAUAGCCAGUGGAUCCCUGGAAGAGGCAGCUUCCCUGUGGCUGUUGGCAGGUGCUGCUUUGCAAGGUGGCAGACACUGUGGCCUCAGGGACCUCAGCAGCUAUGACUUCCUGCCCAGACUCGGAUAAUAGCUGGGUGCUUGCUGGUGCAGAGAGUCUGCCUGUGGAGACCCUGGGGCCAGAACCUGGGACAGACGCUGAGUCUCAGAGAGGCCCCCAGAUGCCUGGAAGCACCUCCCAGGCAGAUGGUGAAGAAUCAGCUGGGACCUCGGGCGGAGAAGAGAACUUCUUCCAGACAGAAAGCCCCCCUGCCGGUUCCACUGUGCCCAAGGACACUGGGGCUGAGCAGGCUGCUGUGGGCGGUGAUGGCCUUGGUGUGGAGCCCCCUGGCCCAGGAGACACAGUGCUCCAGGGAGCCUUGCAGGAGGCAGCAAGCCUAGGCACAGACACAAAUACACAAGACAUGGAGGACCAGGGCACCCUGCAGAGUCUGCCCUCCACCCCCAAAACAGCUUGGAUUCUGGAGGAGGGCCGCUGCUCCACCAGUGAGGAGGACACCGACGUGGACAUGGAGGGUCUGCGGAGACGUCGGGGCCGCCAACUCAGCCCGCCUCAGACAGUGACACCCUUGGGCGUGGAGGACCAGGCCAGGGGUGAGGGUGCCAGCGGGGAGCUGGGCAUCUCACUCAACAUGUGCCUCCUUGGGGCCCUGGUUCUGCUGGGCCUGGGAGUCCUCCUCUUCUCUGGUGGCCUCUCCGAGUCGGAGCCGGGGCCCAUGGAGGAAGCAGAGCUGCAGGUCUUCUCCGAUGCUGGCUCAGACCCUGACUUGGUGGGUGCCGUGGGGGAUGGGCAGGAUGGACUGAGGGAACAGCCGCAGGCCUCCGUUUCCACUGACAGUGUCCCCAGCCUGCAGAACAUGGGCCUUCUGCUGGACAGGCUGGCUAAGGAGAACCAGGAUAUCCGGCUGCUGCAGGCCCAGCUGCAGGCCCAGAAAGAAGAGCUUCAGAGCCUGAUGCAGCAGCCCAAAGGGCUGGAGGAGGAGAACGCCCGGCUCCGGGGGGCCUUGCAGCAGGGCGAGGCCUCCCAGCGGGCCCUUGAGUCAGAGUUGCAGCAGCUGAGGACCCGGCUCCAGGCACUGGGGGCUGACUGCACGCGGGGCCCCGAUGGGGCGUGCCUCAGCGGGGGCCACAGCCCACAGGGUGGCAAGGCCACCACGGAGCAAGGCCACCGGGGGCAGGACCCAGGGUCUGGCUUCCUAGAGGAGAAGGCGCAGCUGGAGGCAGAAGCCCAGGUGCUGAGGAGGGAGCUGCAGAGACAGCGGCAGCUGCUGAGCUCUGUGCAGCAGGACCUGCAGAGGAGCUUGCGGGACGCCCGCCAAGGGGACCCUGCUCACGCUGGCCUGGCCGAGCUGGGCCACAGACUGGCCCAGACUCUGAGGGGCCUGCAGAAAUGGGGCCAGGACCCGGGGGCCCCUGCCAAUGCCUCAGAGGCUUGGCAUCAGAAGCCCCAGAGGGUUGGCAAGGAGAAGUGGCGCGAUGGACAGAGGGUUGGGAAAGCUGAGCCCUGGAAGCACAGGAAGGAGUCCAGCUGGGAGAAGAGGAAGAGCUCCGGGGGUGAGGAUGGGGAGCCGGCAGGGAGCUGGAAGGAGGACAAACCGAGGGGGGAGAAGCGGGCCUGGAAGGACGGGAAAAGACAGGACCCCAAGGAACCCGCGUGGAAGAGCGGGAGUCACCACUCCGGAGAAAGGCAGGAGAGUCCCCGGGGGAGGGAGGGCGCUAAAGACAGUCAGGACCCCUGGCCCCAUUGGGAGGACCUGCUGAGGCGCAAGUACAAGGCACCCCAGGGCUGCUCAGGCGUGGCUGGAUGUGCCCGGCAGGAGGGCCUGGCCUUCUUCGGCUCCGAGCUGGCUCCCGUGCGGCAACAGGAGCUGGCCUCUGUGCUGAGGACAUAUCUUGAGCAGCUUCCCUGGGCCGGGCGGCUGGCCAAGGAACUGCCCCUCUCACCUGCCUACUUUGGUGAGGAUGGCCUCUUCCGGCAUGACCGCCUCCGCUUCCGGGAUUUCGUGGAUGCCUUGGAGGACAGCCUGGAGGAGUUGGCAGUGAGGUGGACAGGCGAUGACGAUGAGGUAGAUGACUUCGAGGACUUCAUCUUCAGCCACUUCUUGGGAGACAAGGCACUGAAGAGGAGGUCAGGGAAGAAGGACAAGCACUUUCGGAGCCCCAGACUUGUGGGGCCCAGGGAGGAGCACAGCCACCACCCCCAGCACUACCACCGAGGCUGAGCCCUGUGUGUGGGCCUGGCCUCAGCCUGGAGUACCUCACUGACUCCUGGCUUCAGCAGACCAUUCCACUGGCCUCUGGCUGGCUGGUGUCCUUGGGUGUCCUUCACAGAGGAGAGCAGCACCCAGCCCUGCACUGAGACCACUUUCUCUAGAAAAGGCCUUAUCUGGACCUGCCUGCUGUCUAUGCAAAUGUGUGCAAAUGCACAGGCCCCUGUGAGGGGUAUGGGAAGGGGCCCUGUUGGGGGUGGGGCAUUCGGAUUCUUAGAAAAGCCAGAGAGCCUUCACCCCACCCUGGCCCAGCGCCUCUGGAGACUGACUAGAAUCCCUGGCGGGAGGCCCAGCACCAGGGCUUGCUGUGGGGUUUGUUAGAUUUGGGAGCAGCUGUCUCCAGGGGCUGAAGUCCCUUUCCUCUGCCUCUCGCGUGGCCUGACUUUCCCUGUGAACUGUGGGCUCGUGGCAGAGCUGUCCGUGACUUGGGGCCACCGCACCCUGCGACCAGAGGGCCUGGCACUCAGCUUUUCUCCGUCUUUUCCCUGGAUGCCUUCCCCCAAGCUCAGGCCCUCCCUCGGGGCGGGGCCUUGCCCUGUGCCCACAGCUGGCUGCCUACACCCUGGGAAAGGUGACUGCACUGGCUUUGGAGUCUGAGCCUUGGGCCUACUUGGCGGAGUGAUCUUGGGCAAGUUAAUCUCUGAACCUUGGGCUCCUCAUCCUCAAAGAGGGACUGAAGGGUUGAAAAAGAGGUUAAAUAAAGCGAUGGCUGC